GUUGAUCGUCUUCGGAGACCUAAGGUGAUCCAUAUUGCGGGGACGAAAGGGAAGGGAACGAUAUGUAUUUACAUUACCCGGAUGUUGGUUGAGCAUCAAAGGAUUAAGGGAUAUCCCCAGAACAUCGGUACUUUGACCUCCCCUCACAAACUCGACGUCCGCGAACGGAUUCUCAUCAACAAUAAGAAGAUCUCUAAGCCGGUCUUCUCAUAUCACGUUCGAAUGCUUGACACUAAGAUUCAGUCGCUUUCUAGCAAGCUGGGCUUGAUGAAACCAAGGUUUCCCGCAUUCAUGUCGUUGCUGGGAAUAUCCAUUUUCUUGGAGGAGGUUGAUGUGGCCGUUAUUGAGACUGGAAUGGGAGGCGAAAUGGAUUCGACCAAUGUUUUCCCUCACCCGGUGGCCACCGGCAUCACAAGUAUUGGAAUCGAUCACGUUCAUGUCCUCGGAGAUACCGUUGAAAAAAUAGCCUGGCACAAAGCGGGAAUCUUCAAAUCAGGUUCAGUUGCAGGUACUGUGGUACAAGAUCAGGCUGUAUUAAAUGUAUUACGGGAGAGGGCAGAAGAAAAGCGUGUGGCUGGCGAACUGCAGGUUAUUACGGACCGAAGGGCCAUCGAAUCAGGAGCGAAGGUGGAUCCAGAUAUGCCUUACCAGAGGUCCAAUCUUGCUCUUGCAAUAUUUUUGGCGGAGACGCUCUUAAGGUCGGAAAAUCCAGGGUUUUCGGUGACGGCUGACAUUGCCCGUAGUGUGCAGGAUGUAGUAUUGCUAGGAAGAUCUCAAGUCGUUGAGGAUGGAGAUAACACCUGGUUUAUUAGCAGCGCGGUGAAUGAUAUCAGUCUUAGGGAGGCUCUCUCAUGGUUCAAAAGUGUUCAACAUUCGAAGAGACAUAUUACUGCACCCCGAGUAUUGCUGUUUAAUCAAAACUUCAGCAAAGUGUCGCCUAGGGAUCCAGUUCCUCUGCUUCAAAUCAUUCACGAAGCCCUAUGCGCAGACACUCCCGUAGUGCUCCAAGGCGUGGUCUUUUGUACAGACCAAUUGGACGAAAUUGGAAAGGAGAAAUCCGAUUUGAUCGACUUUCGGAUAGAUAGGAAGGCUGUAUCUUCCCUCGAUGCCCAGAGAGCCAACUCUACGACAUGGAAAGAACUUGGUGGAUCGGGAGAUACUAUAGUAGUACACACAACAAAAGCCGCUGUCCGUCUGAUCCAAGAGAAGUAUAAACGAGCUGAGGUUCUUGUGGCAGGAAGCGGUUAUCUAGCUAGUAACGUCCUCCAAAUUUUGCGGUCAUCAGGAUUGAGAAUUUGAUUUAUAGAAUGGAAAUACCUCCACGCACAAGUACGGGAGAGGUAGAGGGGAGGCAAACGAAAGAAAAGCAAAACUACAGGAAUGACUUGAGAAUACCAUUCAUGACCGCCC